AUGUUUCGGAUUAGUGUUGUGAUCCUACUGUUAGCAGUUACUCACAGUGAAGUUGGUUUCGCACGUAAUAUGGAAAACCUCAAGGACCGCGUUAGAAAAAUAUUUUAUCAUGCUUACGAUAAUUACCUUAAGUAUGCAUAUCCCUUAGAUGAGUUAAGACCGCUUUCAUGUGAUGGGCAUGAUACAUGGGGGAGCUUCUCGCUGACGCUAGUAGAUGCACUUGAUACACUUGUUAUAAUGGACAAUGUUACUGAGUUUCGUCGUGCUGCACGUGCUCUUCUUGAUCACUUAGAUUCUGAAAAAAAUGUCAACGCUUCCGUUUUCGAAACUAACAUCAGAGUUGUCGGCGGGCUCAUCUCGGCUCAUCUUUUGUCACGCAGAGCCGGGUUUGAAGUAGAACCAUCUUGGCCGUGUUCUGGACCACUACUUAGGCAAGCAGAAGUGUUUGCUUCUAAGCUUUUGCCUGCCUUCGACACCCCGACCGGGAUGCCAUACGGUACUGUAAACUUCGAACUGGGUGGCGUUCCUAGAGGCGAGACUACAGUCACGUGCGUUGCUGGCAUUGGUACAUUUAUUUUGGAGUUUGGGGCACUAUCUCGCCUUACAGGAGAUCCCAGGUACGAAGCUGUUGCAACGCGUGCUCUUAAAGCUAUGUGGAAAUACAGAUCUUCUCUUGGGUUACUGGGAAACCAUAUUGAUGUUAUCACUGGAAGUUGGACAGCCCGCGAUGCCACUAUUGGUUCAGGAGUCGAUUCUUAUUUCGAAUAUUUGGUUAAAGGUGCAGCACUAUUUCGCCUUCCUGAGCUGGAUUCCAUGUUUCGAGAGUACAGAUUAGCAAUAGAAAAGCAUAUUCGACAUGGUGAUUGGAACCCAAUGAUAAACAAGGAUAAAGGUGGAGUUACAAUGGCAGUAUUUCAGAGUCUUGAAGCAUUUUGGCCUGGUUUAUUGGCACUUACAGGUGAUAUUGAGUGUGCUCGCAGACAUUUGAUUGCUUAUCAUGAAAUAUGGAGAAAAUAUGGAUUUCUUCCGGAGUUCUAUAGUUUAUCUGAUGAAAAGGCUUACAAGGGUCGUGAGGCAUACCCAUUACGACCAGAAUUAAUUGAAUCCAUUCUCUACGUAUAUCGUGCGACACCGCGUACACCUUGUGGUUUUGCGACGGUUUCAGAUGUUACAAAACAUACUUUGGAAGACAGAAUGGAGUCGUUUUUUCUAGCGGAAACAACAAAAUAUUUAUACCUAUUAUUUGAUGAAAAUAACUUCAUACAUCAGUUACCAGGUGAAAAAACAUCGUUAGAAGGUUCUCGUUUACCGUCAGGACUUCAAUGUUAUCCAGAAUCAGGUGGUUACAUUUUCAAUACAGAAGCUCAUCCCAUUGAUCCUGGUGCUUUGAAUUGUUGUUUUGCGCCUCAAUUAGAUGAAGUUGAACAAGCAUCCAAAGUUGAAACAUUGUUCUCUGAUUCUAAUCAUUUUAAAAUGCUAAGUAAUCAUGAAUUUGACAGUGAUACUAAUACAUAUGAUCAAGUUACAGAAACUGAUUUACUUUCUACCAUUGAUUCAGUUUUCGGUGAACAUGUUCAGUCUCAACUUGGUUAUUCAUUAAGUGAUUCCUUCGCUCGGAUAAUAAAUCAAUCAUCAUCUAAUUGUUUUAAUAAUGCAUAUUUUGAUUCUAAUUUAAUUGUUUCCUGGAUAGAACUUCGUGAAAUUAUCAAAUCCUCAGCUUUAGAGACUGAAAAAGAAAAUGAUAAAUUCAGUUUUUUGGAUUCAACUAAACCUCCACUACUCACUUGCCCAUAUCCAUCAUUUCAAAACCGAUUUGCUUUAUCCGGAUUAUUAACAUCAACAUAA